GUGAAGCACGAGCACAUGCGAGUGAUGCCCCACAACACGUUUGCACGGGGCCCCGCACCAGCAGCCUGGUACCCUGCCAAGGCCCUGGGGAGCCUCUGCCUGCCCGGGGGGAGGGCCGAGCCCCGGCGGCGCCGCUGCAGGCCGGGGCCGUUGCACGGCGGGACGCCCAGAGCCAACCCUGAGCUGAUAUCCGGCCCCGUGGGCAGCCCGGCCGGGCAGCUGCCGGACUCGGAGCAGCCCGGGCCGGGCCAAGCCUCCGCUGCGGGCUGCGGGCGCUGCGCUCGGCGGCGGGAGGCGGAGCCGGCUGCGCUCGGGCCGGGCCGGGCCGGGCAGGGCCGGGUCGGGCCGGGCCGGCGGCAGCGGCGGAGCGGGGGGGACGGGGCGAUGCUGCGGGUGUUGCUCCCAGCUCGGCCCGGGGGCGCCGCGCUGCGCCCCGCCGGGGCCGGGGCCGGGCCGGGGCCGGGCGCGGCGGGCUGGGGCGGGCCGGGCCGGGCCCUGUCCAGGGUCCUGGGCGAGGGGCGAGGGGCCAGCUGGGUGCGCGGGCGGCCGCCCGGCCCGGCCCGGCCCCGCGUGGUGGACCUGCGCAGCGACACGGUGACCCGGCCCAGCGCCGCGAUGAGACGGGCCAUGGCCCGGGCCGCGGUGGGCGACGACGACUACGGCGAGGACCCCACGGUCAACGAGCUGCAGCUCGCGGCCGCCCGGCUGCUGGGGAAGGAGGCGGCUUUGUUCGUGCCCACGGCCACGAUGGCGAACCUGAUCGCGGUGAUGUGCCACUGCCAGCGCCGGGGCGCCCAGCUGCUCCUGGGCAGAGAGGCUCAUCUGCACGUCUUUGAGCACGGAGGUGUUGCCCAGGUAGCCGGGGUCCACUCCCAAGCACUGCAGGACCUGCCAGGCGGCACCUUGGACCUGGACCAGCUGGAGUCUGCCAUCCGUGAGGCCGCCGGCAGCCAGUACCACCCCCGCCCGGAGCUGGUCUGCCUGGAGAACACCCACAGCUCGGCGGGGGGCCGGGCACUGCCCCUGGGCUACCUCAAAGAGGUGCGUCUGCUCACUGACCGCUACGGGCUGCGCAUCCACAUGGACGGGGCACGGCUGGCCAAUGCAGCCGUGGCCCAGGGCGUGGCACCGGCCCAGAUUGCCCAGCAUUGUGACUCCGUCACCCUCUGCUUCUCCAAGGGCCUGGGCGCUCCGGCCGGUGCAGUGCUCGCAGGCCACCGGGAGCUGGUGGUGGAGGCCUGGCGUGCGCGGAAGCUGCUGGGGGGCGGCAUGCGCCAGGCAGGGGUGCUGGCCGCAGCUGCCUGCGUAGGGCUGGCACGCAUGGAGGAGACACUGCGCAGGGACCAUGACAAUGCCCGGCGCUUCGCCCAAGGUGUCCAGGCACUGGGCUCCCCCGUCUGCUCUGUCAACCCCGCGGUUGUGGAGACCAACGUGGUGCUGCUGUGCGUGGGCGAGGGCUGGCCAUCUCCCGCGGAGCUGUGCGCACGUCUGGAGGCCGUGAGCACCGAGGAGGAAGCCGAGACGGGCCGUGCUGUCAGCCUGCGCCUCCUGCCCUGGUCCGCCCGCUGCCUGCGUGCCGUAUGGCACCGCGAUGUCUCUGCCGAGGACACCGAGCUGGCCAUGGACAAGCUGAGGUUCGUGGCAGAGAAGUGCCGGCAGGAGCGUGAGGCUGUGUCCUAGCCCAAGGGGCCACGAGAUGGGAACACUGCAGCUCCCCCAUGCCCUGCACAGCUGGGACAGACCCCACAGACAGACCUGGAACCAGCAGGACGAUGCCACGCACUCUGGCACAGCCCCAGUGGGGUGCCAGGUGGCUGAGCUCUAAGCGAUGCCCCCCGGGGGCUGCAGAGACCCCCGCCCAUCUGCAGGAGCUGAAUAAAGGACAAGGCCCCAGCUCCAGCCUGUGUCCCCCCCCUCCCUCAGGGAGGGGCGAGGGGGCCUGGGCAGGGGGUGGCCCACAGACAGAUGGA